AUGACCCUCACCUACCGCGAUGGACUCGCCAUCUUCGAGAUCGCCGCCUACGUACCCUGUCUCAUCGUCGCGGUGUUUCUCCUCGUCCGCCAUGGCUUCGGCCGUAGCGCAGGCUGGUACUUCCUCGUUGCCUUUUCGCUGUCUCGAAUCAUCGGCGGCAGCUUGGAACUAGCAACCAUCAACGACCCUACAAAUAUCGGCUUGUACACCGGCAGCGCCAUCUUGACGAAUGUCGGCUUUUCUCCCCUCAUGUUAGCCACACUCGGUCUCCUUAGCCGGCUCGUGGAUAGUAUCAACAAAAACUACCAAACCUUUGUCACAAGCAAGCACCUGAAGUUCAUUGAGACGGUCAUUACCGUCGGGGUGAUCCUGGGCAUUGUGGGAGGCGUCAAAGCAAGCGACGCCCUCAAGCAGCCUGGAGGAACAUACCAACCGCAGACCCUGAGUAAAGUCGGGACGAUCCUAUUCAUUGUGUCAUACGUCGUCACCAUUGCGGCCACAGUCCUGAUAUCCUUCUCGGCCUCCCACGCCGACGCUGGCGAACACCGCAUUAUAUUAGCCGUGGCAUUUUCGCUCCCGUUCCUCUUCGUCCGCCUCAUGUACAGCUGUAUCAGCACCUUUGCGCACAACUCGAAGUUCAGUCUCAUUGGUGGGAGUCCCACGAUCUUGCUUUGCGUCGCACUGAUUGAAGAACUCAUCGUCACGAUUACAUACGAGGCCGUCGGCCUCACGCUGCAAAAGCUACCCAAGAAAGAUCAGCUUAGGACGGCGGAGAGUGUUGAUAGCGUGGAAUAUAACGGCAACAAUACAGCCUAUCGACACCAACCCAAGCGAGACAACCUCGCUUUGAGAAUCGCCAAGAGGACUAUCAUUGGCCGCAUUGUUAUGGCGUUGAUGCCGAAGAAACAGAAUGAUGUCGAGAUGAAUCAACAAUUUGUGAGAAAGUGA